AUGGUCGCAGCAGCCCCCUCGGCGGGAGAAGCCUCUCAGACUUCGCUGCCGACCCCUGCUCCGGCUGUGGCGGCGGUGGCGUCGACGGCGCUUCUGUGUCGGUGGGAGGAGGUGCUGCUAGCGGACACGCUGAGGUUCAGCCUGGACCCGGCGGUGGCCCGGGCGAAGCGAGUGCUGCACCUGGGGGGCCUGCAGGGGGAGCUCCGCGAGGAGGAGAAGGAGGGCGGUUGGAGCUUGGACUCUAGGAGUUUCUUCGAGCGCCUCCUCCUCUCGAGGCUCAACGACGGCACCAGCCUCGCCGACAUCGGUGGCGUGGAAGCCGCCGCCGCCGCCCCGGCCUCCUCUUCCUCCUCGAGGGCGUCGCCCCUCGCUUACAUGAUUGGCUGCUACGAAAGGUAACUACUUUGUUAUUUCAUCUACGACGACUACAGUAGGAGCGCGCAACGAGGCAACAGGGAGGGGGGGGGGCUUCUUGCGCAUCGGACAAUGGGCAAUUGCAUUGAGGCUGACUCUUAUGGCAACCGAAAGUUGGCCCGACGGAUUGUUUUUACUGGCAUUCCCCCACCCCCCUGAUUUGCCACGGAUUCGACCAAGAGACAGACCUCUCACCACAUCACCACAGAGUUCUCCCUCCAUGAUGGUCGGAUCGUCACCAAAACUUGAAGGCUGUACGCACCACACCUGUAGGCGUCUUUGGAGCUAGUGGUGACUGCUGUGGGGUC